AUGGUUUCUUGGCGCAUUCGUGGUGAAAUGGCUGAAAUCGACGUUGAUCAAAGUUAUGCUGGACAUCCGACAAUGUUUUCAAUAAGAAUGCACCAUGGAGGUGAGUUUACAAGCUUUCCUGGAAGGAAGUAUAUUCGUGGGAAGCAAACAUUUGUUGAUUUACUGGACAUUGAUACCUUUUCCGUUCAUGACAUUGACGAGAUAAUGGAAGACCUAGGGUAUGCUUUAAUAGGUAAACCACAUUACUAUCACUUUCAAAGGCCUUUAGGCGAUUUAGAUUUUGGGUUAUUCGCUUUAGCUAGUGAUGAAGAUGUUCGUUAUUUGGGGAGUUUUGUGGCUAAGCAUAAGUUAACUGAGGAUUUGGGUAAUGAUGCUACUCUCACUGAUCAUAUGGAGAAUGAUUUGGGUAAUGAUGCUACUCUCACUGAUCAUAUGGAGAAUGACUUGGUUAAUGAUGCUAAUGACUUUGGUAAGUUUGGUGAGUUAGAGAGUGACAAUGAUGAAAGUGAUGAUAGUGAUUUUUUUGUGGACAUUGAAAAUAUAUUGGAUGAUAUUAAUGUGGAUAUGCAAGAUUUUGAAAUGAAUAUCGACAAAGAUGUGGAAUGGGUUGGAGGGUCGUCUAACACUGUGGUUGAUGAAGGCACACAGGAUGAAGCUUUAGAGGUGAUUAACACUGACUUUUUAGCAUCUGAUUCAUCAUCAGAUGAGGGGAUUAAUGGUCAAAGAAAGAAAUCAAUAAGAGCAAUUCAAAGGGCACAUGAGAAUGAUGAAGCACUUGUUAGUGAACCCUUCUAUAUUUUUCAAAAAUUUGGUUCAGCAAAGGAGUUUAAGGAUAAGGUAAAACUCCAUGCCAUAGAGACUAGAAGGGAGCUGGCCCUUGAAAAAAAUGACAAGAAUAGAGUGAGAUGGGUUUGUAAGGGAACAAUACCAAAGCUUGGGCCUAAUGUAGAAGUCAACGAUGAAGAAGAAAUAUGUCCUUGGGUCUUAUUAGCUAGUAAAUGGAAAAAAGAUGUCAACUGGACAGUUAAAACGUACAACAAAGUCCAUAAAUGUCUUCAAACUAGAACAGUAAAAGCAUGUACGUAUAAAUUCCUCUCUUCUAAAAUUGUUGAACAGGUUGAAAGUAACCCUACUAUUCCAAUUAGGGCUUUGCAAGAACAGCUACAACGGAGGUUUAAGGUAGAUCUUUCUAGGAUGAAAACAUUUAGGGCAAAAUCUGAGGCUCUAAACCUUGUGCAAGGAGAUUUCGUUACUCAGUAUAGUUUACUCAGAGAUUACAUUGUUGAGUUCAAACUCAAAGGCUUCGCAGCUGGAAAGAGGGAUUUUCUUGGCUUUGAUGGUGCUUUCAUGAAGGGUCCAUUUCCAGGACAAAUUCUUUCAGCCGUGGGACUAGAUGGUAAUAAUGGCACAUAUCCAUUGGCAUAUGCGGUGGUUGAAACAGAGAACAUCAGUUCAUGGACUUGGUUUUUGAGUUGUCUUGGGGAGGAUCUUGGCUUGAAUACUAAUUCUAAUUUCACUUUUAUAACAGACAGACAAAAGGGUAUUCUAAAUGCAAUUGCAACCUUGUUUCCUUGUGCUGAAAAUCGUUACUGUGUUCGUCACAUUCGGGAUAACAUGAGGAAGCAAUGGAGGGGUAAACCUUUCGAAGACCUCUUAUGGACAUGUGCAACUGCAACACAUGUACAACAGUUUAACAAAGGCAUGGAAGAGCUAAAGAAAUUAAACAAGGAUUGUUAUGAGUGGCUUAAGAAGAUACCACCUCAGCACUGGUCUAGGUCCCAUUUCACUGGGAGAGCACAUUCUGAUGUGAUUCUUAAUAACUUGUGUGAAACAUUCAAUGGAAAACUGAAUGAGGGUCGUGAUAAACCAAUUAUUACUUGCCUAGAGUUCAUUAGGGAAUAUCUAAUGAAGAAGAUUGUGAAUGUAGAAAAGGCCAUUGGGAAAUGUACUGGUCCUUUGACACCUACAGCUAUGCAGACUUUGGAAAAUAUAAAAAAAAAAAAAGGCAGAAGAUUAUAG